GUUCCGGCUUUCUUACAGUGACGAUGACACAUUUUAGAAUGACUGAGUGACUGAUAGCACUUUUAUUUCACUGAUAUUUUAAAAUAUUUCACUAAAUGUUAUAAUAAAGCAUUUUAUAUUGCGGCUGACAUUGAUACACUGACUUCUUCUUUCAAUCUUUGUGAAUGCGGCGAUGUUGUUCGACAACAAAUUCCGAGUACUGAAAUAUCUGAUAGUGUUUAUUCUUGUGACCUUCCUGCUGUGGAAUAUUUUGAUCAGAACAAACUAUAAGAUGGCGCCAAGUACAUUUCCACAUGAAAAACAUCACUCAAUUCCGAAUGACGUCACUUUUCAAGAGAGUGACCUACUGUAUUCGACACCCAUCACCCUGGAUAUCGAGCCAUUAAGAAAGGCGUAUUCUAACAAAGUGACAGAAAUGAAGAGGAACAAAGCUUUGAAGAGAUUUGGGAACAGGCGAAAUUGCUCAGAGGCUACUUCACCCAAUGCUGCGUGUGUGGACACGGCCUGUAAUUCAACUCUGCCACCAGCUACUAGUGAUGUAAAUUUUUGGAACGUCUUUAAGCCUCUAACUCGAGUCAAGGACGUUUCUGUACGUCUCUCCGAAGCUAUGGGUCCCUACAGGAGCGCCAGUGAAGUUAUUUUUGUGACAGCCGCAUCCUCCAAUCACUUCAAGGAAUCUCAGGCGCUUAUGAAGAACCUUCACCAGACGGUGUUUCCUCAUCUGAAGAACUACACGUUCUAUUUCUACGACUUGGGACUCACGUCAAAACAGAGGCAACAGGUGAUACAUCAACUUGCACAGUCAUUAUAUGGUGAUAAAAUUGUAGUAGUCUUGGUAUAAAGUCUGGCAGUAGCUAACAGGUGUCACCAAAUUUGGCAUAUUCUUUAUUAUUACCCAUACGGUUAAAACUGUCUUGGUACAUAUCAUAGUGUUACCUCCCACUAGAACACUUCGACGUGACACAGAUCGGCGUACUACGACCUAACACGAACUUCAACCAAACGAGAUGAGUGAUUUAAAUUAGAUCGACUAUGGG